CUGGUUGUUUAGAAAAUAGAAAUAUCUUCUCCACAAACAGUCAAACAAUGUUUUCUUCUUUCUUUCAAUCUUUGAUUUUUUCGGAUUUACAAACUUUGGAGUUUUGAAUCCUAUCAAUAGAUUUUGGUCAUAGAUCUAAGAACUUAAUGGUGUUCUCUCUGCGGUAGAUUCGUUCAUUUCCAUAAGCAAGGCAAAGUAUAAUUACCUGAAGGAAAAAAAGAAGGAAAUUUUCAGAAAUGGCUGAAGCAAUUCUUGUUAGUGGUGCAACUGAAAUAUUGAAAGCGUUGACCGCUGUUAUUGCUAAUGAGAUUGCCUUGGUUUGGGCUGUUAAAGACGAUUUCAAGAAGCUUAACGAUACCUUGGAGAUGAUCUCUGCCGUAACUACUGAUGCUGAGAAUCGUCAAGUAAGUGAUGAAGCUGUGAGACUUUGGCUGAGAAAACUCAAGGGUGCUGCUUAUGAUGCUGACGAUCUACUAGAUGAGUUCGCAUAUGAAGUUAUGCGCCGGAAAGCAACAUUCAUUCUUUUAGCUAAGGUAAAGGGUCUUUUUACAUGUUCUAAUCGUGUAGGUUUCCGUGUCAAAAUGGCUCACAGAAUUAAAGAUGUUAACCAAAAGUUUGAUGAUAUUGCUAUAGAGAAGGCUAGAUUUCAUUUACAAGCCAAUAGUAGUAUGUCUAAACAUGCCAACAAGAAUCGGGAUCGGAGUACCCUGUCCUGCACAGGUGAUUCAGUAGUGGUUGGAAGGGAAAGUGAUAAAUCAGAAAUAGUAAGUUUAUUGAUCAAUUCAGCAGUAAACAAACAUAAUCAAUGUGAAAAAAUAUCGGUCAUACCAAUAGUGGGUAUGGGGGGACUAGGGAAGACAAAACUAGCUGAAUUAGCCUACAACGACGAGUCUGUAAAGAACUACUUCAAUCUCAGAAUGUGGGUGUAUGUGUCCGAUGAUCUUGAUGUGGAAAAGGUUCUAAGAGAUAUCAUGGAAUCUAUUGAUGAUAAUAAGUAUGACAAUGUAUCGAAUAUUGAUGUGCUGGUACGUCAUGUUGGUGUAAAGUUGAGAGACAAGAAGUAUUUACUGGUACUAGAUGACUUGUGGUGUGAAGAAAAUGAUCGAUGGGAUAGACUGAAAAGUUGUUUGAUGGUAGGUGCGGAAGGAAGCAAGGUUUUAGUCACUACACGUAAAAUGCAUGUUGCACGGGUUGUCCAAGGGAUCCAUCAACCAUACCAUUUGAAACAAUUAUCAGCAGAUGACUGCUGGUCUAUCAUAAAGGAAAAAGCUUUUUCUCCUGGUGGUGCGUCAGAGAAUCCAAGAAUGGAACGGAUAGGCAAGGAAAUUGCAGAAAAAUGCUCUGGUUUACCCCUUGCGGCAAAAAUGUUAGGGAAUACUCUGCGCUCGAAGAAGGAUGAGCACGACUGGUCUGCAAUAAGAGACAGCGAUCUUUUGGACAAACCGGAGUUUCGAAAGUCAAUCUUACCGAUAAUAAGAUUAAGUUAUGACGAUUUGCCAUCAAUGUCAAAGCAGUGUUUCACAUAUUGUUCUAUAUUUCCAAGGGGUUGGGAGAUGGACCGAGAAGCUUUGAUUCAAAUAUGGAUGGCGGAAGGCUUCCUUCUAUCAUCUCGUGAAGAAUCCAUGGAAGAUAUUGGAGACAAGUAUUUCAAUAAUUUGUUGGAUCAUUCAUUACUCCAAAAUGUGGAGAAGGAUGAGUUUGGUGAGAUUAAAAAUUGUAAGAUGCAUGAUCUGGUACAUUUUCUUGGUCGAAGUGUUGUUGGCAACGAUGAAUGGUCAAUCAUGAAGGCCGAUGAGGUUGUAAAGUUUUCAGACGUUCGGCGUUUGCAUUUAGUCUUUGAUGAUGGAAAUGCAAGAAAAUUUCCAGAAGAUGGGAAUACUGCAACUAAGUUGCGCACAUUCAUUGCCAGUGAAGUAGGCAACUGCGAUAAAAUUGGAAGUGUGUUCAGUAACAUUAAUUUGCGCGUAAUAUAUAUGACUGGUUCAUUGAUUCAGAAGUUACCAGCUUCGGUUUCAAAGUUGAGACAUUUGAGGUAUCUAAACCUCUCGAGAUGUAGUAAUAUUGAUGGUCUACAAGAAGGGUUUUUCAACCAUCUCUAUAAUUUGCAGACAUUGGUAUUACAGAGUUGCACAUCUCUUUCGAGACUUCCUGAUGACUUUGGAUCGAUGAAAAAGUUACGGCAUCUUGAUCUUUCAUAUACAGGAAUAAAGGUAUUGCCGCAGUCAGUUACUAGUCUCUGCGACAUGCGCACAUUGAAUAUCUCAUAUUGCAAAAGUUUUGAACAGUUACCGAGAAACAUUGCUGGUUGGAAAGCUCUGCAGAGUCUUGAUAUUUCAGAUACAAAGGUUAGUGAAUUACCCGAUUCUAUCACUGGUCUCCAAAAUUUGGCGAAGUUGAGACUGCAAUCGUGUCCCAAUCUUAAAAGAUUACCCAAAGAAAUUGUGAAAAUGGAUAGUCUAAAAUGGCUUGUCAUCUCUGAUACAAAUAUUGAAGAAUUGCCUGUGUUUUCUACUUGUAAAACUGUGCACUAAAAGGCCUAGCUUACAUGGAAACUUAGAAAAAUGAGAGUUCACUGUUCUCUAUAAAUCUUUGUAUUUAUGUAUUGCUUUCAUUUUCUUUCUUUGCUUUGAAAUUUCCUGUCCUUGUAAUUUUUUCCUCUUUUAAGUUCAAAACUCUGUAUUAUCUCAUUGAAUCUUACUAUUUGGUUGUUGGGUUCUUGAUUCCCAAAGGGUUCAUGAAUCCUAGGGAAAAUGGUUGUAGUACAUCCAUUGUUGUGUUUUCAAUUCAAAGUUUUCACAUCUUAGGGGGUGUAUGCUAUGAAUUGCUCUAGAGUGUUGUACUUUAACUUAACAAUAAAUGAUAAAUUUUUUUGCCAGA